AUGUUAAGAAGUUUUUGGAUAUGCUCGAUAUUCUGUUUUUGGAGUGUUGUGGCUACAAAAACACCACAAAAUCCACCGCAAUCCCCAUCAACAUUCCCAUUGUGCACACAAAAUGCCCGUAUGGAUAUCAUGUUCAUGAUUGACGGAUGUUUCUCUGAUCAACAAGAUAUUACUUUGGUGUACGAUGUACUCACCAAUUUCUACGCAAAUCUCUCAAUGUCAAAAAAUAUGAUGAAUGCGUCUGAUUUUUGCACAGAUGAAAGUCAAUGGAAUCAAUGGAAUACAAGGGUUACAGGUCAAACAUAUUACAAAGAUACAUACAAAGGAGUUCUCCCACAAUUCUGUCAAGAUCAAUCAGCUCUAAUUGCCAGUACAGUCAAUGGCUUCAAGCCUGGCUCAUUAAAUGUUACUUCAAUGCAAAAAAUCGUCAACAGAACAAGCCUUUUCAUGGAACAGAAGGAAUGUGCUUGUCGAAGAGGAGUGAAUCAAACUGACUAUAAUGUGGCUGCAAAACAAGUCAUGAUUUGGCUGCCAUUGACACCAAAAUAUGGAGAUGAAGCAACACAGUUUCCCGACAAAAAUCUCUACAGCUUUGAUCAUUACCUCUUGCCUUAUAAAUUCUCACAGAAGGAUGCUGAUGUUGAUCCAAAUUCGAUUUGGACAAAGAUGAAAGAGAUUAAUUUGACGACACCGACAAUGAGCAGAAAAGAAAUUGUGCAAGCUUUGUGGGAUCUCGUUUGCGAUGUGACUGGUGCUCCCGGGGAUCGUCCGAUUGCUCCUGAUGAUUGGCAGCCAUUU